CUGUGCAGAAUAUUACGGAUGAUACUUAACAAUAAUUUUGUCAAUAUCGUAUCGAUUUCAUUCAUUCGUAGCAAUUUCUGCCUGCAGUCUCUAUUAUUAUUUUUUAUUUCAAGUAGCGUAUUUCGCAACGAGAUCAAUCGCGAACGCUGUGAUGCGUCAAAUCAUUUGUUGCGGUAUCACUCGUUCCACUUUCUCUUCUCACAGUCGCACUGACACAUGUAGUAGUGUAUGCAAACAUGGGGUUUCGUAUAAAGAACUGCAUAGUGUUAUCCGUAUUGUAACUUUAUUGUUAUUUACUUCCCAAAUCGUACCACUUUUAAGAGAGUGUUGUUUUUUAAGUACUUUUAAAGUUCGUUAGUGAAAUACGGUAUGAGAGAAAAAUUCAAAAUUGAAUGAGCGCACAAAAAGGAAAUUGAUUACGUAUACACGAUGGACAGUACGAGAUCGCCUAUGGAUAACCUCUUUAACAUGCUGUCAAGCUUCAGCGCGGAUCACGAAAAAGCUUUAAAGCAAGGCAUUUACAAUGCUGUUGCACUCUUUCUUUUAUGCCUGGGUUCGGCGGCUGGGUACGGACUGUACAUUAUAUUGAGUCCCUUCAUAAAACCAUUAAUAUGGGCCUUAUUAUGCGGUUCAGUACUAUUCCCUUUCAAAUAUUCAUUAACUACCGUUGUACAGUUAUGGUUCGAGAAAACAGAAUCAUCUCACACACCAUUGAUCAUAAAUUUAACGCUAUUACCUAUACAAAUAGUGGACAAAGUCUCUGACAGUUUGGGAUCAUUUCUAUGGAGACACGUUAAAUACGUUAUCGGUAUAUUCUUACUGGGAACAAUGGUUCUUGGUUUAUAUCAUUAUACACCUGCUAUAUUAAGUUGCCUUGUAUGGAGGAUAUGUAUGAUUUUCAAUACUAUUUUUGAAUUUUUUAUAACAACAUGCAAUAUUUAUACGAUUGCUGUUUUACUUAUUGGAUAUCUGUCUGUGUUAUACAUUUAUUGGACACCGCAUAACUCUAUACAUUUUCGUUAUACGUCAUUUGUUAUAUGGUUCAUAAUUAGUCUAUAUCUUUCAAAUAUAUUAGGAGCUUACCAAGUUCUUGUAUUUAUAACAUUGCAAAUAUUGUGCCUAACAGGAUUUAUUUAUGAAGUAAUACUUAUAAUGGAGAAUCAAGAAUUAAAUGGCAGAUACAUGACAUUUAUGGAAGCAGCAUGCUUUGCAUUAACAAAUAGCUUGAUUACAAAUGUCCAGAGGGACACAUUAACUCCAUUAAUAAGUGACAAACCUGUAGGAAGUAUUAGCGAUGAUGUCACAGGUAUUCAGACAGAAGAUACGAACGAAGAAACUAUAAAAUCUAUUUCUGAGUUUAAUACAAAAGUAUAUAAAAAAUCAGUCUCAUUGGAUGCAGAUGCGAAUGUUCAUCCAAAAAAAUUACGAUCUACGAGUAAUUUACCAUCCGGUAGCAACAUGUCAUUACGCGAUCGUUAUCUUUUAAGAAGAUUAAAAACUGAAUUAAGACUAUCUAUAGAUGUGGAAAAUGAUAAAGUUGACACUGACAAAUAUAUGUAUGGGGCAUUGUAUGCUUGCAUUGGUAUGAUUCUGUGGAAACACAAAUGGAUAAUAUAUAUUUUAAUGAUUCCUACAGCUUUUUAUGUUAUCAAACAAUUUGGCAAUUAUUUUGGAUUAUGGGAUAUGAUAGGAAAACAAUGCAGUGCCGUUAUGCAAGUUAUAAAAACAUGGUGUUCGGAGCGACAUCAAGCCCUUUUACCAGCCAAUGUCAGAGGUUUAUUUAAAGUUGGAAUAAUAAUCGACGAAAAAGUAACAAAAGCACUGAAAGGGUCGGUCGAUACAGUAGCAACAAUUGCCGUGAUUUUUGGGCUGCUUGUAUUUACUACAUGUGCGUCUAUUUUUAUAACAAUACAGGUUUAUACGGAAGGCAUACACCUUAUCCAAAUUACGGGGGAAAUACUUAAUUCGUCUUUAAUGAGUAACCCAGACAUCGAUUGGCUACCAGAACAAUGGGAAGAUUCUGUUAAUAGUGUGUUAGAUAAUGCUUAUACAUACGGACGAAGCGCUAUAUCCGAUGGUGUGAAAGGUUUGGUAAAAGAUUUGGAUCCUGCAAAAGCCGAACACAUGGAAAAGAAAGUUUUAGAACUUUGGGACAAGCUUUAUCAAGCAUGGAUGAUGUCCAAUGAAAAUCCAGAUCAAAUUGGUACUGCUGUAGAUGUUACAGCAGCCUAUUCAGUAUGGGAGAGUUUCAAAGAAAGUUUCGGAAAAACACCAUUACAAUUAUUUAAUAUGGCCAGCAUACAAAAUUUUGUAAAAGAAAAUAUUGGAAUUUUUAUGUCUGUACUGGAUUCCAUUUGGAACAUAGUCAAGGGCAAUAUGUCCGUAAUACUGACGAUUUUUAGCGAAUUAUUUUAUAUUGUACUCAUGAGCGGAUCAGCAGUGCUUAAUUUUACCCUUAGCAUGGUGGUGUUUUUCACAACACUAUUUUAUCUUCUCAGCUCUAGCAACAGGAGUUACAAACCUGUUGAGUUGACUACAGUGUUCAGCCCCAUUAGUUGUCAUAGAUUUGCUGUGGCCUUACAAGAAGCAGUGAUCGGAGUAUUUGCCGCAACAUUUAAACUUGCGUCUUUCUUCGGCAUGUGGACAUGGUUUAUACAUAAUUUGUUUCAAGUGAAAAUUGUUUAUUUGCCAGCAACUUUUGCAACAAUACUUGGAGCUGUGCCAUUUUUGGACGCAUAUUUCGCUUGCAUCCCAGCUACAUUGGAGCUUUGGUUUACUCGUGGGCCCAUGAUUGCUAUCCUGUUUUUUAUGUUCCACUUUCUUGCGUGCAACAUCGUUGUAACGGAAUUCUACAAAGAAAUCAAAGGCGGUGGACAUCCAUAUCUUACAGGGCUUUCAAUAGCAGGUGGAAUUUUUUGUUUGGGAGUGGAGGGUGCAAUUUUUGGGCCUUUAUUACUAUGUUGUAUUAUGGUAGCUAUUAACUUGAGUCGUCGUUACCUUCAUUCGCCAUCAGACGAAACUAUUCCCGCGUAUUCUGAAAUUAAACGUUAAUGCUGUUGAUAUAUGUCCGUAAGCAAUUAGUAGAAAAAAAAAAUCAAAAGUUUUUUGCAACAGACAUGCAAUUCGGCUUUGUAGAUAAAUUUUUAGAAAUAAUAGUUCACGCUAAGUGAUAACAUUUUAAAAAUGCCUUAAAUGAAACUUAUAAUACAAGAAAGCAUGAAAAUUAAAAUUUUUCCAUAUAGAGUCUAAAAUUUGUGCAGAGUAUUGAAAAAGUAACAAGCUUCUUAUACGAAUCUCUUUGGAAAAAAAAAAUUCAGGGAUUGUUAUUUUUAUCUAGUCUUCGAACAAAUAUAUCGCUUUUAUAUUUAUUUUUUUUUUAAAUAGAGUUUUACACAAAGAUGUCUUAAUAACGAUGUGAUUUUACAAACUAUGAUAUAUAUAAGAAAACUUCGCUUACGCUUAUUACGCAUAAGAUUAAUUAUAACUAAAAACAAUUGUAAUUGAAAAAGAAAGUAAAUAGUGUAGGAGGAUACGUGUAAUGUGUGACGAUAUGUGUACGUAUGUGACGAUGGCCCAUGGUCACAGAGUAACCUGUAGGUUACUUUAUAGUAAUAUAUUUUUUGUAUUAUGUUUCAAAUCUAAUUUCGUUAAUAACUUACGUUGUUACUAAAAUGAGCAGAAAUGUAUACAGAUUGUUUCCAGAUAAUUACUGUUUGUUUUUUUCAUCAAUUUUUCAGAGUUAUGUGCAUAAAUAUAUUUUUCGUUAGAUAUAAAUAGC